AUGACUUCGCACAGACGUGUCUAUUAUGGGCUGUUCUUGGUCUUGAUUUUGUUCUUGGUGAUCACACUUUACUUUAAUAUUAGUGCAAUCGAGAGGAAACCAAAGAAAUUGAAUACUAAUUCAGAGGUGGAUCCCCUGUACCAUGACAUAAGGAUACUCUGCAUGAUACCCUAUGAUUAUGAUAAGCCCAAUACUCCCAAGUUUGUGAAACGCACUUGGGGCAAGCACUGCAAUGUGCUGCUGUUUGUGAGCGGCGACAUCGACAUGGAACUGGAGCCCUACGUGGCCGAGGUGAAUGCCACGGAAACCUGGACCCUGGUUCAUCAGGGGCUGAUGCAUGCCUUUCUAUUUUAUGGCGACAAAGUGGAUUGGUUUCUCCGCGUGGAGCCCUCAAGCUUUGUGGUUCUAGAGAAUCUCCGGUAUAUGAUAGAUCGAAGGAAAUAUCUGCCUAGUCAACCGAUCUACUUUGGCUAUGAACUAGAGAAUAUUUAUACACAUGAGCCCUUUGUCUAUGCCAGAAGUGGCUAUGUUAUUAGUCAUGAGGCCUUAAGGCGCUAUACAAUUGCCUCCAAAGAACCCAAUAACAAGCACUGCCUUCAUCUGGAGGGCUUUACUGAGGGUCUGGAGGUAAAUCGUUGCCUAAGCCAUGUAAAUGCCACCAUUGUGGACAGUAGAGAUGAGUUUGGAAACGAGACUUUUAUUCCCAUUGGCAUGGAUCACCAGUUCAUGGAAGGCUAUGAUUCUAUAAAGUGGCUGCACAACCUAACCUACCACAAAGUAGAUGAGAAAACCGUUCCCAUAUCCCUGAGCGCCAUAGCCUUUCGUGUGGAAUAUCCGCCCCAAAUGUACGAUUACUAUUACUUUCUUUAUCGCAUGAAAGUCUUUGGCACUUUUGUGCCACAAUCCAUAGAAUUUGGGCCUCAAUAA